GAGCGCUCGUCGAAGUACGGCAUAGUCAGUAUGGCGUGCGUGACGAUAUCGGGGUAUCCUUGCUCAGGGAAAUCGACAAGAUGCUCAGAGUUUAAGGCCUACUUAGAAGCGAGGUUCUCCUCGGAAGACUACGACGGAGAUAAAUACAAAGUUCAAGUGGUGUCCGAUGAAGAUCUUGGAAUUUCUCGAUCUGUGUAUGGGGAUGGUCGCGCCGAAAAGACUGCUCGCGCCUCACUCUUCACAGCCGUCACUCGUGCCCUUUCUCCGAAUACCAUCCUUAUCGUCGACUCCAUGAACUAUAUCAAAGGAUUUAGAUACCAGAUAUACUGCGCUGCCAGAGAAGCUCAAGUCCGUGUGUGCACGCUGCAUGUCGCGUCGACCCCAGACAUGUGUGAAAUGCGGAACCAGACCCGGUCAGACGACACGAAGUAUUCUGAGGCCACUUUGCAGAACCUUAUAACGCGAUAUGAGGAACCUUCGUCGAUGGUUCGAUGGGACUCUCCCUUGUUUGUGCUUCUGUGGGAUGAGCCUCUACCAGCAGAGGCAAUACUAGAGGUCAUAAUUUCAGGGAUGAGAGCCCCGCCAACUCAUGGUGUCGUUCAGCAAGCGAAACCCCCUACAGAUGCGCUACAGACCCUCGACCAGACUUCUAGCGCUAUCGUCAAUACCAUCAUGGAAGCGCAAACGAGCGGGUCAUGCCCGGGAGGCGUUCUCCCAAUCGUCUCAGCUUCACUUUCACUAAAUGACAAAAUUUUACUUCCUCAUCGUUACCUGACACUCUCUGAACUGCAGCGACAUAAACGUCAGUUCAUUGCGGCCCACAGAAAGCGCUAAGCUCCGGUAUGGCUGGACAAGCAGACAUUAACUGGAACGAGAACACGGUUGCCAGAAAGUUUAUUGUACACCUAGAGGAGAACCUGAGGCCAUAAAUGCUGUCAAGAAUCGGUAUGCAAGCCAUCCCUUGUACUGUAUCAUAGCAUCUCGAGAAAAUAAAUAUGCCCAAUGACGAACUCAUGGCUUUACAGCCUUCCAACAUGAAGCGUACCUAUAAACGAAGGUUGAAUUGUAAGGAAAGGUCAGAUGAGAAUAUCACGCUCACAUAUUGACACGGUCGACCGCCUUGCAUGGCCCAGUUCGGAUGCCCAAAGGAGUUACUAUGAACCCGGCUUGCU